AUGGCUCCCGCUGUAGGUAUCGAUCUCGGAACCACGUACUCGUGCGUUGGUAUCUUCCGUGAUGACCGCAUCGAGAUUAUCGCCAACGACCAGGGUAACCGAACAACCCCGUCGUUCGUUGCCUUCACCGACACUGAGCGUCUCAUUGGUGACUCCGCAAAGAACCAGGUCGCCAUGAACCCCGCCAACACCGUCUUCGACGCUAAGCGCCUCAUUGGCCGCAAGUUCGCCGAUGCUGAGGUUCAGGCCGACAUGAAGCACUUCCCCUUCAAGGUCAUCGAGAAGGCUGGCAAGCCCGUCGUCGAGGUCGAGUUCAAGGGCGAGAAGAAGAACUUCACACCCGAGGAGAUCUCCUCGAUGAUCCUCACCAAGAUGCGUGAGACCGCUGAGUCCUAUCUUGGUGGCACCGUCAACAACGCUGUCGUCACUGUUCCAGCAUACUUCAACGACUCUCAGCGUCAGGCGACCAAGGAUGCCGGUCUCAUUGCUGGCCUCAACGUCCUCCGUAUCAUCAACGAGCCUACCGCUGCCGCCAUCGCCUACGGUCUUGACAAGAAGACCGAGGGUGAGCGCAACGUCCUCAUCUUUGACUUGGGUGGUGGUACCUUCGAUGUCUCCCUCUUGACCAUUGAGGAGGGUAUCUUCGAGGUCAAGUCCACUGCUGGUGACACUCACCUCGGUGGUGAGGACUUCGACAACCGGUUGGUCAACCACUUUGUGAACGAGUUCAAGCGCAAGCACAAGAAAGACUUAACCUCUAACGCUCGUGCUCUCCGCCGUCUCCGAACUGCUUGCGAGCGUGCCAAGCGCACUCUCUCUUCUUCCGCCCAGACUUCCAUCGAAAUCGACUCUCUGUUCGAGGGUGUUGACUUCUACACCUCGAUCACCCGUGCCCGUUUCGAGGAGCUGUGCCAGGACCUCUUCCGCUCCACCAUGGAGCCUGUCGAGCGUGUCCUCCGCGACGCCAAGUGCGACAAGUCCUCCGUCCACGAGAUCGUUUUGGUCGGUGGUUCCACCCGUAUCCCCAAGAUCCAGAAGAUGGUUUCCGACUUCUUCAACGGCAAGGAGCCCAACAAGUCCAUCAACCCCGACGAGGCUGUCGCCUACGGUGCCGCCGUCCAGGCUGCUAUCUUGUCCGGUGACACUUCCUCUAAGUCCACCAACGAGAUUCUGCUCUUGGAUGUCACUCCUCUGUCUGUUGGUAUCGAGACCGCUGGAGGUGUCAUGACCCCGCUCAUCAAGCGCAACACCACCAUCCCCACCAAGAAGUCUGAGGUCUUCUCCACCUUCAGCGACAACCAGCCCGGUGUGCUCAUCCAGGUGUAUGAGGGCGAACGGGCGAGGACGAAAGACAACAACUUGCUCGGCAAGUUCGAGCUCACUGGUAUCCCGCCUGCGCCCCGCGGUGUUCCUCAGAUCGAGGUCACUUUCGACAUGGACGCCAACGGUAUCAUGAACGUCUCUGCUCUCGAGAAGGGCACCGGUAAGACCAACAAGAUUGUCAUCACCAACGACAAGGGCCGUCUUUCCAAGGACGAGAUCGAGCGCAUGCUUGCCGAGGCGGAGAAGUACAAGGCUGAAGAUGAGGCUGAGGCUGCCCGUAUCUCCGCCAAGAACGCUCUUGAGUCCUACGCCUACUCGCUCCGCAACACUCUCUCCGACUCCAAGGUCGACGAGAAGCUUGAGGCUGGCGACAAGGAGAAGCUCAAGGCCGAGAUCGACAAGGUUGUCCAGUGGCUCGAUGACAGCCAACAGGCGACCAAGGAGGAGUAUGAAUCUCAGCAGAAGGAGCUUGAGGCCGUUGCCAACCCGAUCAUGAUGAAGUUCUACGGCGCUGGCGGCGAGGGUGGCAUGCCUGGCGGCAUGCCCGGAGGUGCUGGUGGCUUCCCUGGCGGUGCUCCCGGCGGCGGCGCUGGCCACAGCGACGACGGCCCCACCGUUGAGGAGGUUGACUAA